AUGGGAGACUAUAGUGGAUAUAGCCGUGGAGUCAAGGUUGCGAUUCUCUGCACGAUUUGGUUCUGUUUAAGUUCUUCGAACAAUGUCAUUAUCAAAAGGCUCCUUUCAGAUUAUCCAUAUCCAAUCACGGUCAGUUUAUCGCAUAUGACGUCCACGGCCUUCUUGAUGUACCCUGUUUUGUUUGGCUUUGGAGUGAAGACGACAGUCGAUAUUCCGAUCUUAAGGUUCUAUGUGCUGCUGAUACCGCUUGGGAUAGGAAAGCUCCUGGUUUCGAUUUCAUCCCACGUCAGCAUAUGGAGGAUCCCAGUCUCUUACGCACAUACAGUAAAAGCAAUGAUGCCAAUUUUUACUGUUCUCAUUACUCGAAUGAUUUUUAAGGAGAGACAAAGUUGGAAGGUUUAUCUGUCCUUAUUGCCAAUAAUAUCAGGUGUUGGCAUUGCAACUGUUACAGAACUUUCAUUUGAGGUGUAUGGUAUGUUGACAGCAUUGUUUUGCACAAUGGUUUUUGCUCUCCAGAAUAUAUACACAAAACGGGCUAUUAAAGAUCUUCGACUGAACCACUUGCAUUUGCUUACACGGAUUGCACAUAUUUCAUUUGUCAUCGCUGUGCCAUUAUGGCUAAUAACAGACUCACAGCAGCUUUUCAAUGAUGAGAGAUUGGCAUCUUCAGACACAUUGGUUUGGUUUUUAUCACGGCUUGUGCUAAGUGGGAUAAUAAACUUCACACAGAACAUUAUGGCAUUUUCAGUCCUGAAUCUCCUAUCACCUCUGAGCUACUCCGUUGCAACUGCCACCAAAAGAAUUCUAGUUAUUGCCAUAUCAAUUUUAACUUUGAAAAACCCAAUAACUCCAAUGAAUUCAGUUGGAAUGUUCUUGGCUGUCUUUGGAGUCUUUCUGUAUAACAGGACAAAACAAAUUGAAGUCCAAAAAAGGCUGGCCACAUUACCAUUUACAUACACAAAGACUGAAAAGACAAAUCAAAAUGGAUUCACAAACGUGCAUAAAAGACCUCACUCUUUCAUCUAGCAUCUUCUUUUUACUCAAGGGUUGCUUAUAUAAAAUACAUAUUUAAAUACAUAAAAAAAUGAAAAUGGUUUCAAGAGCAAAUGUGUCUGAUUGAAAA